AUGUUACCACUCAGCGUCAUAACUGGCGAGGCAGACGCAAGAAGAGCAGCUACAGCCGCAUCUCAACCUCCAUCGGUAGGCGUCUUUGACGGCAUUACAAAUUCGCCAUACACAGAUUUCGAAGACACCGAAAGCGUUUCGAGUAUACGGCCUUCUAAUACGCCAAGAUACCAACCAAGAUCAAUGCCUUCUCCACCAUUAGGAUACGAUGAGAGUGCAGCAGAUACACAGGGCGGAAGGAGGGCGGCGGCGAAUUCGACAAGAAUACAUGGUUUGGGGUUAAAUAUGUUCAAGCACGGAUUGAAGACCGAUAUUCCACCUGCAGGACAUCGAUCGAACCCUUCGUCACCGGUAAAAUCGCCAGUAAAAUCACGAAGACGGUCAGCUAGUCUGUUGAAUAACAAUAAUAGCAGCGUCAGUGGAACGCCGGGAUCGAAACAUUCCAGACAUUUCUCGAGCCAAGCUUCAUUUAUGGACUUCGGACCUAACCCGCCCAUUUCACCUACGUUGUCGGAUACAAGGUCUACACCGGCGCAUAGUCCAGUUAAGGCUAAAUUUUCGGCGACGGGAUUCCAUAGCCAGCAGAGCUCGAUAUCGAGGGUUUCAGGAUAUUCCAGCGUUUCGAGCGUUGUACAGGCUUAUUCCGACGGUGUCAGCCCGAGAUCCGGACAUGUCAGUAAUAUGGAUAACUGGACGGCGUCAUACUUAAACAAUAAUAGGAAAGUGAAGGGACAUAAAAGAAAUGCCUCGAGCAAGAAUUUGAUUGUGGAGACUCUAUCUGAGUCCUCACAAUCGGAAGCAGGAUCGCCUUCUUAUACACAUAUGGAACCGUCGAACGGUGGUGGUAGAGCAGUUUAUCACUUCGACCUUACGCCAGAGAGCCAACAAGAUUCCUUCCCGAACUCGCCGCAGGUCGACGAUGCGUCACAGAUGCGAGAGGUCGGACACCAGGGCAAGUCGGUUGCACCGAUUUUACAAGCGAGGCUGUCGUCAAUGUAUACGCUUUCUUCGUACGCUGGAAGAGAUACGGGGAUGUGGUCGAUGAGAAGCGCAGCUUGCACUUCAAUGACCAGUAUCGAUACCGCCAGGCAGAAAUAUAUUUCCACGGAACCAGAUCAGACCGAGUUGGAGGAAUUGGAGGAGAUGAUGUGCGGCAUGGGUAUGAAGGCCGGGAUUACCAUUAAACCACCAAAGGAUACUUCAGUGGAAAAGGAGGUUCAGAUAUUGAUGGAAGAGAUGUUGCAGGGACAGGAUGUGGUUAGGAAGGGAAUGGAUAGACGAAUGGAAAUCCCACCAAGUCCGCAGUUGCCCCAAGUCGUUGAGCAUGUUGAGGAUGAGGAGGAAGAAGAAGAAAAGGAAGAGCAGAAGCCUAGAAGCCCGACUAAAGCGCCAUUUGAUAUGACGAAGACUGAGGACUGGAAGGAUAUUGAGAGAUGGGCUGGGAUUGGGUCGACAAGGGAGUACCCUCGAGAAAGCUCAGUUGCGACUUACGAAAGGUCGGAGAUCGAUGAUGAGAGUAUGCAUGAGGAGGACUUUGAGCACAUGGAAAUGGAGGCUGCCAUGAUGAGGAUGUCGACGAGGAGUAGUAGACAUCCGGCUGAGUAUGAGGGUCUGAAUGAAAUGCGGGCGAGUAUGUCUAUCCCAGAGGUCCCACAGAUUCCAGAUAUCGAAAUCUUGACGCCGAAGCAACAUUACACCGUACCCUUACGUGAAGAGCCAGAGCCAGAACCAGAGCCAGAAGAAGAGGUCAGUUUCGUCUCGGCUGUGUCGGCACUGACAGAAGAGGAGGAGGAAGAGAACCUUCACGUGGACUGCCCGCUUGGUUAUGAGAUUUUCUUUGAUGAUCUUGCAGUUGUUGACGAUGAGAUGAAGUUCCAGCAAGAACUCGAAGACGCUCGUGUCAGAGAGGAGGAACUUGAGAAGGCUGCUGCUCUUCUGUUACCCGAUAGCAGACCGGUUACAAAGGACGGUAGUCGACCGGGAAGUCGACCAGGCCUUCCACAGUUGUCACUCCUUGAGGUACCACCAGUUGAAAGCCGUGCAGGACGAGCUUCUCUUGAUUCACCAACAUCGGGAGAGGAGAGCCCUAUUGAUGCCAAGGGCAGGGUUGUUGAUUUCUCGCGCGCAGGAAGGCGCCAUAACCUGAAGGAGAACGAGAUUCGUGUCGAAGACCCCUCAUACUUAGUCGCCUUCAAGAAGUUCCUUAAGCCGUCCGUCCAUUCAGAUGCGUUUGUGUGCCGUCAAACCCGAUUCGAUAGCUUCCAGACCCGCAGAAUCUGCAAUGAACUCCCUCACGAAUAUCGACCUCUGCCACCACCGCCACCAAAGGCCGCGGAGCCGGAGCCGGAGCCACAGAAAUCGCCCCGUGCAACCUGGCAAUUCGACGAGGGCCCGAGGGUUUCGAGCAUGACACCAGAGAAGCGUAGAGCCAAGGAAGUCAACGACGAGAUCACUUCCAGGCUUUGGGUAUUCAUGGCAUCUAAGUGGCUCCACUACGGCAGAAUCUUGAUCAGUCCCACCCACGAAAUUCUCAUCCAAGCUGCUUUGGAAAGGCGAAGAAAUAAGGCAAACGGCCCAGUCCCAAUCCGUCGACGCAUUUUGGACCUUGGCGGCGCUCCAGUAGCCGACUGGGGAUGGCAUUGUGCCUAUGAAUAUCCAUACUCCAAGGUCUACACCGUAACCAGUCGACCAAAGAACAUCAAUAUCGAUAAUGUUCCAAUUCCCAACCUGGGUGUUGUCGAAAAGCGAAGAUUCACCGGUCCGUCAAAUCACCGACAUAUCAAGGUUUCAUCUUUGUGGAAGCUUCCGUUCCCAGAUAACCACUUCGAUGUUAUCUCCGCUCGAACUUUGCACACCAUCUUGAAGCAAACGCCGCCCCCGAGACGCAGGAGCGAGCGAUAUCACCGCCUCAGCAAGACCCCUAGGCUCGACGAGUACGCAUUGACACUCAAGGAAUGCUACCGAGUCCUCAAACCAGGCGGUCACUUCGAAUGGUCUCUUACUGACAGCGAUGUCCUCCGUGCCGGGACAAAUACCCAAAGAUUGGCCGAAGAAUUUGCCAACGAGCUUAGGAGCCGUGGAUACGAUCCCCACCCAACAGAGAAGUGGAUUAGUCGGCUCGGAAACGCUGGGUUUGUGAAUACCAAGCGCACAUGGACUAUCCUCCCCAUGGCACCACCAGCGGAGAAGCUAAAGGCUAAGAGAAGACUUGGUGUCACCUUUGACGACGACUUUAAGGCUGCACAGGAGGAGAUGGCGGCUGAACUUAAGGCAUGGGAGGAACUUGGUAUUAUCAAGGGAAACACCGCCGAUGUGGCUGCUCUCAGCGGUAUUGUGGGUACCUGGAGAUGGGAAGAGUGGAUGGUGAAGAUUGACGGGGAGAGGGAAAACCCCGCAUGGAAGAAAGGGCUUGUGAACGGAAUCACGGCCACCUUGGAAGAGGGUAGGGAGAACGGGAGUGGAUUUAGGAGUUUGGUUGGGUGGACAAGGAAGCCCACCGUAGCUGAGAAAGCGAAGAUGGACAAAAAGUUGGCGAAGAAGACGGCUGCUUGA